AUGGAAGCCGUGAAGGCUGAGCGGAGGACGGCUGCUGCUGCUGCGGACGAUGGCGCACAGCGGCGGCCGCUGGCGCCGUCCGAGAAGAACAAUGCGGCCCCUGCCGAUUGGAGAAGCGAGGGCCCUUCCCGGUUCAAGCCCGUCGCGCCACCGGCUGCUCCUGGAGCAAGGCGGUGCAGUUCUCCGAGCCCCGGCCGCGCCUCUGCUGCAGACGGCGGCUCGGCAACGUGCAACAACAGAGCGCGGUCGGCUGACCGAGCAAGGCCUGCCGCGCCUUCGCCUGCCCCGUCUUCUCGGCUGAUGAAGCCCUCCACCGCGGCAAGGUCUGCGUCUGCCGUGCAUCCACGUGAAGCGGCCGCCGAUGGACACAGCACUCCUCCCCGCUCAAGGAAUGCCAAGAAGGCCUCCGGUGACCUGUGGGCAUCGGCGGCAUGGAGUUCGUCUCCCCUGCAUCGGCCAGAGCCCGUGCAGCAAUCCCUUGCCAGUAAGGUAGACAGGCUGGUCCAGGGCUUACCUUCAGAGCAGGCCAAACUGAGGCCAGCAGGAGCUCUGGCCGCCGAGAGGAAGUGGAGUCCUCGUAGAGGGAGCACGAACAACACCGGCGACCGAUGUGAGAAUGCUCGGCCUUCGGAGUCCCCUGCCAUCCCCAGUGUGAGAAUGCACGAACAACACCGGUGGCCGGGGAUGAUGACUGGCCGUGGCCGGGGCUCUGCUGGUCUCACUACUUCCACAAGCGCUGCUGCUCCUGCUGAAAAGGCUAGCAGCAGGCCAGUCUCUUCGUCAGAUGCUUCAGCAGGACGUUCUCCAAGGAGGACGCAUUCAUCUGAAGGCACAAGCACAACAGGCAAAAGCCUGAAGCGACCAUCCAACGAGAUGGCAAAGAUUGUUCACCGGAGAAGGAAAGAUAAGGCAGACUCCAGCAGUGACACCUCUUCACAGACGUCGGAAGGCUCUAAAUCCACUUGUCGCCCGAACAAGCCCAUUUCUUCGCCCGUUCCAGUUCUGCACCGAUCGUCGUCGUCACCGAGACAGGGCUUGUUGUCAGCUGCAUCCUCUGCUUCCCGGUCCUGCUGCCAUAGCCCGUCGCGGAUGAGGCCGUCAGUGCCUUGCCAAUCAAAAUGUGCGUCUUCGGCUGCGCAUUCAGCAGUUGAACAGCCUGUUUUUAACUACAUCGUUGAUGCGCGGAAAGGGAAGAAGAGUGCAGGCCAGAUUGAGAACAUACAUCAGCUUCGUCUGCUGAGCAGUAGAUAUCUGCAGUGGCGCUUCGUAAAUGCGCAUUCAGAAGAGACACUAUCCCAUAAAAAUAGUGUUGAGAGUAUUCUUUACAAUGUUUGGAAAAGUAUCUUGACGCUGCGGGAUGCUAUAGCAAUAACAAGAACCAAUGUGCGACACCUGCAGCAAGAAGUGAAGCUGUAUGACAUUCUGACAGAGCAGAUUGGUUACCUGGAGCAAUGGCCUGUACUAGAAGAAGAAUGCAAUGAUACAUUAGUUGAGGCAACGGAGGCGCUUAAAGCAAGCACGCUUCGCCUUCCAGUAACAUCAGGAGCACAUGCUGACGGAAUUGCAGUUAGGAAUGCUAUAAGCUCAGCCGUUGAUGUUAUGCAAGCUUUGAGUUCCUCUAUUUACUACGUGCAAUCAAAGGUCGAAGGUAGGACAUCUUUGGUUUCUGAACUUUCGGUUAUGGCGAGACAGGAAAAGGCCGCUCUUGAUCAAUGCAAAGAGCUCUUAGCUACGGCAGCAAAACUGCAGGUACAGGAGACCAGCCUUCGCACGCUUCUGAUGCAACUGCGGCAGAGAUCUGCAGGAUGA